CAGUUGAACACUGAGCCCUGAAACUGCAUCUCCAUCACAGCACGAGCAGGAGCCCUCUGGACACGGCACAACGCUUGUGACAGGCAACGUGUGACCAUUCCCUUAUCCCUGAGGUCGCUAGAGUAGACACACACACACACACUUACCCUGUAUGACAGGCCGCUAGACUCGUUGUUCUGAGUGGUGGUGUAGAGAAGACUCGUCUGUCGCUUUUAGUGGUGGUGUAGAGAAGACUCGUCUGUCGUUCUGAUUGGUGGGUGUAAAAUGUCCGACCUGAAGGAGAUUUGUGCUGGUUUGCCGCUGGAGCCUCUUCCUCCAAACCACAGGAGGAACCCAGAGGUGCCACAUGCCCCGGUGCGCACCCCCAACCUCAGCCCCGAGCAGGAGAGGCUGGCGUUGAGGAAUGCCCUACGUUACUUCCCUCCAAAUCUCCAUGGCACCCUGGCCCCAGAGUUCGCUCAGGAGCUGCGUCAGUACGGCCAUAUUUACAUGUACCGCUUUUGCCCCCCCUACAGGAUGAGGGCGUACCCCAUACAUGAGUAUCCAUGUCGAACACAACAAGCUGCUUCAAUCAUGUUAAUGAUUAUGAACAACCUUGACCCUGCUGUUGCACAGUUUCCUCAAGAGCUGGUGACUUACGGUGGGAACGGACAAGUGUUCAGCAACUGGGCUCAGUUCCGGCUGGUCAUGCACUACCUGAGCGUGAUGACCGAGGAGCAGACUCUGGUCAUGUACAGCGGUCAUCCCCUCGGCCUCUUCCCCAGCCUGCCGUCCUCCCCCCGCUGUGUCAUCACCAACGGCAUGGUCAUUCCCAACUACUCCUCCAGAGAUGAAUAUGAGAAGAUGUUUGCUCUGGGGGUGACCAUGUAUGGUCAGAUGACUGCUGGAAGCUAUUGCUACAUUGGGCCUCAAGGGAUUGUUCAUGGAACCAUGCUGACAGUGUUGAAUGCUGGUCGGAGGUACCUGGGCACAGAUGACCUCAGGGGCCGCGUACUUGUGACCUCUGGUCUCGGGGGCAUGAGUGGGGCGCAGGCCAAGGCUGCCGUCAUCGCUGGCUGUGUGGGGGUCAUUGCUGAGGUUGAUGAGGCCCCGCUGAGGAAAAGACAUGAACAGGGCUGGCUAAUGGAGGUGACCAGUGACCUAGAGCAUUGUAUCAAGCGCAUCAGGGAGGCCAAGGCAUCCAAGAUGGCGCUCAGUUUGGGUUACCAUGGCAACAUUGUGGACCUGUGGGAGCGCCUGUGGCAGGAGUAUGAGCGAACGGGCGAGCUGCUGGUGGAUUUGGGCUCAGACCAGACGUCACUGCACAACCCCUUCAGCGGAGGCUACUUCCCCGCCUCCCUCAACCUGCGCCAAGCACAACAGCUCAUGAGCAAUGAGCCCAGUCGCUUCAGAGCCGCUGUGCAGGAGAGUCUGCGACGUCAGGUCAGCGCGGUCAACAGAUUGGCAGAGGUUGGCAUGUUCUUCUGGGACUAUGGUAAUGCCUUCCUGCUGGAGGCACAGAGGGCAGGAGCUGAUGUAGGUUGUAGUGCUGGAGGGGCCACAGAGUUCAGAUAUCCAUCCUACGUGCAGCACAUCAUGGGGGAUAUCUUCUCUCUGGGCUUCGGGCCGUUCCGAUGGGUGUGUACAUCCUGUGACCCUGCUGACCUCCAGGAGACUGAUGACAUCGCCAGCGCCGUGCUGGAGGCCAUCAGCGCCACGGUAACGGAGCGUGUGCGCCAGCAGUACAACGACAACAUCCGCUGGAUCAGAGAAGCAGGAAGACACAAGAUGGUGGUUGGCUCCCAGGCUCGCAUCCUCUACUCAGACCAGAAAGGAAGAGUGGCUAUCGCCAUGGCAAUAAACAAGGCCAUAGCCAGUGGCAGGGUCUCGGCUCCAGUGGUCAUCAGUCGGGACCACCAUGAUGUUAGCGGAACAGACAGCCCCUUUAGGGAGACGUCCAAUGUGUAUGAUGGCUCUGCCUUCUGUGCAGAUAUGGCUGUGCAGAACUUUGUGGGUGAUGCAUUCCGUGGAGCCACCUGGGUCUCCCUUCACAAUGGGGGCGGAGUUGGCUGGGGUGAAGUGAUGAAUGGGGGCUUUGGCCUUCUGCUGGACGGCUCUGAGGAGGCUGGACGCCGAGCUCGCCUCAUGUUAAACUGGGACGUCUCUAAUGGGGUCGCGAGGCGCUGCUGGUCCGGUAACUCUAAUGCCUAUGACACCAUCCAGCGCACCAUGGAAGACCAGGUGCAGCUGCAGGUCACCAUGCCCUUCCCUGUGCAGGAUGACACUCUCCUGGACCGCGCUCUGCAGGGAUAGGGAUGGGUUUAGUGGUCCUGAUAGGUUGUGUUAGUGGUCUUGUGGGUUGGGUUAGUGGUCCUGAUGGGUUGGGUUAGUGGUCCUGCUGGGUUGGGUUAGUGGUCUUGAUAGGUUAGGUUAGUGGUCUUGUGGGUUGGGUUAGUGGUCCUGAUGGGUUGGGUUAGUAGUCUUGUGGGUCGGGGUUAGACGUAGAGUUAGCCAAUGCAUCAACCCAAUUUCUACUCGUGAGCUCUUUAAUUUCUGCCAUCAGCUUUCUUUUUGAUUAAAGCGAUGGUUUGGAGUAAUUUCACUCUAGGGUCCUUUGCACCAUGACCCCGAGCCAAACACCCUCCCAGAACCUGUUUUCCCUUGAACCCUGGUCGAGUA